GUGCGCAUUCCAGAACAGCUCUCCGUCGAGAGACUCAACCUCAGUGCAAAUCUUGCGUGUUUGCAGCAGUAACAAACACAUACUGACCGUUCCACACCAAAACUUUACUCCGUCAAUUUGCUGACCAUGGCGUACUGUACGCGAGUUUUGCAUCGCCAGGGUAGCAAAGCCGGCAACUUGGCCCUGAGAGAAGUCCAACAGAGAUGCUUCCACGUGUCGCCCUUGGCUGCGGCCUCCUCGAAGGUGGCAAUGAGCAAUUUAGACCAGGAUCCAUUGCCCUACGAAAAGCUCGUCAAAAAUCUCGAGGUGGUCAAGAAACGGCUCAACAGACCGCUGACCCUUUCCGAAAAAGUGCUUUACUCGCAUAUUGAUCAACCUCAAACUCAAGAAAUCGAACGUGGAACUUCCUACUUGAGACUGCGUCCGGAUCGUGUGGCUAUGCAAGAUGCUACCGCUCAAAUGGCCAUGUUGCAAUUCAUCUCGUCCGGUUUGAAGAAAGUUGCAGUUCCUUCGACCAUCCACUGUGACCAUUUGAUCGAAGCCCAAAUUGGCGGAGAAAAGGAUCUUGCCCGUGCCAAAGACCUUAACAAAGAGGUGUACAAUUUCUUAGCUUCGGCUGGUAAUAAAUAUGGUGUCGGUUUCUGGAAACCGGGUUCUGGCAUCAUACAUCAGAUUAUUCUGGAAAACUACGCCUUCCCUGGUUUGCUGAUGAUCGGUACGGAUUCUCACACACCAAACGGCGGUGGAUUGGGUGGUCUUUGUAUCGGAGUGGGUGGUGCCGACGCCGUCGAUGUCAUGGCUAACAUCCCAUGGGAACUUAAGUGUCCGAAAGUUAUCGGCGUCAAACUGACUGGCAAAAUUUCCGGAUGGACCUCACCGAAAGACGUCAUCCUAAAAGUGGCUGAUAUCCUAACCGUUAAAGGUGGUACCGGAGCCAUUGUAGAAUAUUUCGGACCCGGUGUAGAUUCCAUCUCUUGCACCGGUAUGGCUACUAUUUGCAACAUGGGCGCCGAAAUCGGAGCCACCACCUCCGUUUUUCCGUUCAAUAAGCGCAUGGCCGAUUAUCUCGUGGCCACAAAGCGCGCUCCCAUCGCCCAAGAAGCCGAAAAAGUCAAAAAAGUUCUGCUGAAUCCUGACGAGGGUUGUAAGUACGACAAGGUCAUCGAAAUCAAUCUCGAUACCCUCGAACCACACGUGAACGGUCCAUUUACACCCGAUUUGGCAUCGCCUAUCAGCAAAUUGGGCGACAACGCGAAGAAAAACGGGUGGCCGGUCGACAUUAAAGUCGGUUUGAUUGGUUCUUGCACUAACAGUUCUUACGAAGACAUGGGCAGAUGCGCAAGUAUUGCCAAGGAAGCGAUGAAGCACGGACUCAAGUCUAAGAUUCCUUUCAACGUCACACCCGGAUCGGAACAGAUUCGUGCCACAAUCGAAAGAGAUGGCAUUUCGCAAACCCUCACCGAAUUCGGAGGGACCGUUUUGGCUAAUGCCUGCGGUCCUUGCAUCGGUCAAUGGGACAGAAGAGAUGUUAAAAAGGGAGAGAAAAAUACGAUAGUCACCUCGUACAAUCGUAACUUCACCGGACGUAAUGACGCCAAUCCAGCCACGCACGGUUUUGUAACUUCGCCCGAACUAGUGACCGCGCUCAGCAUCGCAGGACGUCUUGACUUUAACCCUAUUACCGACGAACUUACCGGUUCUGACGGUAAGAAAUUCAAACUGAGCUCUCCAUUCGGAGACGAAUUGCCUAACAAGGGUUUCGAUCCCGGUCUAGACACUUUCGUGCAGCCCGUGGCGGACGGCUCUAACGUCCAAGUUGACGUCGAUCCCAAGUCACAGCGUCUUCAGUUGUUGGAGCCGUUCGAUAAAUGGGAUGGCAAAGAUUUGGAAGACAUGACCAUUUUGAUUAAGGUCAAGGGUAAAUGUACGACCGACCACAUUUCCGCUGCCGGGCCAUGGCUUAAGUAUAGAGGUCACUUGGAUAACAUCUCUAACAACAUGUUUAUCACUGCUACGAACGCAGAGAAUGGAGAGUUGAACAAAAUCAAGAACCAAGUAACUGGCGAGUGGGGUGGAGUUCCAGAUGUCGCACGCGCCUACAAAGCCAAAGGCAUCAGAUGGGUAGCGAUCGGAGACGAGAAUUACGGUGAAGGCAGUUCUAGAGAACAUGCCGCUCUCGAACCUCGCCAUCUGGGAGGUAGAGCGAUCAUUGUCAAGUCCUUUGCCCGUAUUCACGAAACCAAUUUGAAAAAACAGGGAAUGCUACCUUUAACUUUCGCCAAUCCCGCAGAUUACGACAAGAUUCAGCCAAACGACAAGAUUAGUUUGAAGGGAUUGGCCAAUUUGGCACCUGGAAAACAAGUCGAAUGUCACAUCAAACAUGCCGAUGGAAAAGUCGAAAAGAUUAUGCUCAACCACACAAUGAACGACUUGCAGAUCAGUUGGUUCAAGGCCGGAAGUGCUUUAAACAGGAUGAAGGAACUGGCUGCGCAAUAAUUUAAUUUAUUGGAUGUAUUUAAUUAGUUAGAUUAUCUUGUACUUUUGUAUGUAUUUGGAAACUGGUUUUCAGAUACAAUAAUAUAAAUCAAUGUAGAUCAGUAACAUUCAAGUUAUUUUUGUAAGAUCAUUGCGAAUUUGUAAGUAUAUUUAAUAUCACUUGGAUGGAUUUGUCGCUAAACUAAGACAAUAAAUAUGGUUUUAUUUAUA